AUGGCGGCCGCGUUGGUGCGCCUGGUGCUGCUGCUGCUGGCGGCGGAUGGACCCGCGCUCACGGACGCCGCCAAGAUGAAGGUGGUGGAGGAGCCCAAUACGUUCGGGCUCAACAACCCGUUCCUGCCCCAGACCAGUCGCCUGCAGCCCAAGAGGGACCCUUCACCCGUGUCUGGGCCUGCGCACCUCUUCAGACUUUCUGGCAAGUGCUUCAGCCUGGUGGAGUCCACGUACAAGUACGAGUUCUGCCCAUUCCACAACGUGACCCAGCACGAGCAGACCUUCCGCUGGAAUGCCUACAGCGGGAUCCUCGGCAUCUGGCACGAGUGGGAAAUCGCCAAUAACACCUUCAGCGGCAUGUGGAUGAGGGACGGCGACUCCUGCCACUCCCGGAGCCGGCAGAGCAAGGUGGAGCUUACCUGUGGGAAAAGCAACCGACUGGCUCAUGUGUCUGAGCCAAGCACCUGUGUCUACGCGCUGACCUUCGAGACGCCCCUCGUCUGCCACCCCCACUCCUUGUUAGUGUACCCAGCCCUGCCUACGGCCCUGCAGCAGAGGUGGGACCAGGUGGAGCAGGACCUGGCCGACGAGCUCAUCACUUCCCAGGGCCAUGAGAAGUUGCUCAGAGCGCUCUUUCAGGAUGCUGGCUAUUUAAAGGCCCCGGAAGAAAGUGAAUCCGCACAGGAAGGCGGUGCCCAGGCUCAGGUGUUUGAGACCUUGGAGAGCUGCAGUAAGGCACAUAAAGAACUAUCAAAGGAGAUUAAAAGACUCCAAAGUGUGCUGACCCAACAUGGCAUCCCCUACACUAAGCCUGCGGAAACUUCCAGCUCUGAACACUUGGGCUCCAAGGUACCCACAGACAGGACAGCAGAGCAGCUACCUGGCAACCCUGGGUUGCUUGGGAACACCUUAUGA